UGAAUUAACUAGCUAGCUAGCUACUAAAGAUUAGUAAAAUGGUUAGGUUAGUUUAGCUACGUUAGUUAGUUACGUUAGCUACCUAGCUACAUAAGCUACCGUCAAGUGACGCCGGUUAACUUCAUAGCUAGCUAGCUAAACUGAAUUUCUAGUAACAAGCUAGCUAAUUAACAUUAGCUUAGCUAGUUGACGUAACGGGUUAAGGUAACAGGAUGGAGAGAGAUCGGGGUUUUAACUUCAAACUGCUGGUACCUCCCAGGGUCAAUAACGGACAAGUAUCGGCUGUUCGACCUCAGGAAAUCGUUGAGAACUGUGGUGAUUUCAUGAGUACAGUGCUGCAGGGUUACAGUAAAGGCUUUGAAAAAGAGCAGAGCAUGCCUUUCCCCAAUACAAGUAUGGUUGCACCAACUAAACCAACCAGACAAGACUUACCAAGAUACCAAGAUACCAAGAUGAAAGUCGUGCCACCAAUGGAAAAAGGCGAGAAUAAUUGCAAACCUGGACAGCUUUAUUCCAAGCUGUUUGAAGAAGUUGAGAAAAUUAAGUGCUGGAAGGUCAAAGUUGACUGUGAGACUGUGCAAAAGGAUAGGAGACUCCAAGAAAACAAAAGGACAAUUGAAACUCAGCGCAAAGCCAUUCAAGAAUUGCAGUUUGGAAAUGAAAGUCUCAGUGUGAAGCUGGAAGAACAGAUCAGUGAAAAUGAGGAUUUGAGGAACAAAAACAACGCAACAAGGAACUUGUGUAAUAUACUCAAAGAUACUUUUCAGCGGUCAGCUGAGAAAAUGCAUUUAUUUGAAUCUGAAAGAGAAGAAACACAUCACCUCUUUAUGGAAAAUAGUGGGAGUAUUCAGAAACUGAUUGCAGCAUUUGAAAGCCUUCGUGUUCGCGCAGAAGCUGAUCAGCAAGAGAUGCAGAAAGUCAAAGAGGACGUGCUGCAAUUUGAAGAUCUAAAAGGAAAAUAUGAUCAAGAAUAUAAAAUGAAAGAGAAAGAGGUUGCAGAGCUUCAAACUAAAAUUAAGGAUAAGGAAAAUGAAUUACAAAAACUCCUGCUUGACCUCAGUGAAACCCAGAAGCACUGCAAACAACUUCAAGAGGCAACAAAGGAACAAUAUGAACUUCUCAAAAGCUCAAAAAGUGAACAAGAAUCCCUUCUCCAAAAACUGCACACUGCAGAGCAGCACUGUAAAGAAACUGAGAAAAAUUGUGAAGCUGCUGCUGCAUUACUGGAACAAAGAAAAGAAGAAUAUGCAGAGAUGAUUCAAAACAAAGACUUAAGUUUGCAGGAGCUCAGGAGAGUUACAAAUCAACAAGCAGAUAAGUUGGAGCAAAUUCAGACAACCUCUCAAGAGCUACAGAAUUCCCUAGCCUCAGAGAUACAGAGGACCAAGGAACUUGAGGAUAAACUCAUGGCAAGCAACAAGGAACUUGAAAUGAGAAACACACUUUUAGGAGAGAGCUUCGAGCAGAGUGUAAAAAAAGAUGAGCAGAUCAAAAUCCUUGAAGAUGAACUGGACAAGAUAUCUAAAUCUGUUGAGUCCAUGGAGGGUAAGAUUGACGUCACUGAAGCCAAGGUGGAGGAACUCACAGCUGAGCUUUCAAGGAAAACGGAAGAGGUCCAGCUGUUUAAGAAUGAAGCAGAGAUUGCCUUUGCCGAAAAUGAUCUACUAAAGAAGGCUUGUGAAGCUGCUGAUAAGGCACAAGACGAUUUAAAGGAGAAGUCUGCAGUGACAGAGAUCAAAGUGAUGGAGUUAGAGGGACAAUUGUUUACUGAAAUAAACAAAAAUAAAGAACACACCUCUCAGAUGGAGCAACUGAGGAAAGACAUCAUGCAGCAUAAAUUAAAGUACAAAGAGUUAUUAGCCGACUUUAAUGAGCUGCACUCUGAGAAGACAGGCAUUCAACAGCAGUUUGAGAUUGGAUCUUGUAAUGUGAAAGCCAUGGAGGCAACCAGAAAGGUGAGUGAGGAGAAGGCUGAGAAUCUCACAAGAGAAAUUCAAAGACUGGAGAAAGAAAACCAAUGUUUACGAGAGGAAGUCAACUCCAUUAAAACCAGAAGCCAAGGGAAAGAUCAGGAAACUGAGACUCUGCAGAAGAAAAUGCAAGAAAAUUGCGACCAUCUGCAGGAGGAAAUUGCAGAAAAAGAAAAGCAUAUCAAAGCUAUGGAAACAAAGCUGUGCAGUCUUCGGAAAAAAUGUGAAAUUAAACUUAAAGCCCAGGAGGAAUACCAGAAAGAGAACAAAAUGCUUAAGAAACAAAUAGCAAAGGAGAAUGCGAAAUCCAGUCAACUUGAAACUGUGAUCAACAGUCUUCAUGAGGAGUCCCAGAACCUUAAAAGACUGAACGAAGAAGACCAGCAAAAAUUGCUUAAGGAGCUUGAGUCCAAAUCAACCUUUACAGCAGAGCUUGAAAAUGAGGUACAAAAGCUCAGAUUAACAACAGCAGAGGCCAUCAAGAAUAAGGACGACACAGAACUCAAGUGUCAACACAAGAUAGCCGACAUGGUUGCACUGAUGGAAAAACAUAAGAGCCAGUAUGACCGAAUGGUUGAAGAAAAGAUUGCAGAGCUUGAUGAGAACAAGAAGAAAGAGAUGGAGGCUGUUGCCCAUAGGAAAUCACUGGAGUUGGAUCUCAUGAAGCACAAGGCAGAUAUUGAUCAUCUGAAGCAACAGCUGAAGACAGAAAUAACAGAGAAGGAGAACAUGCAGAAGAAGCUGACAGACUUAAAGAAAGAAAUGUCAUCAAUAAAAACCACUCAGCUGUCAGAAGCAAGGAACAAGCAGUCACCUGCCUCAAACUGUAAACAAGGGAGAGGUGACGAGACUCCAAAAGAGAGCUCUUCGAAGAGACACGUGUUUGACUUCUCCAAGGCCAGGAAAACUCCGUGCUACAGCAAAGAUCAUGGAAGUCCUGCCGUUAUGAAGAAAGCUCUUAAGGAAUCUGACACUGAAUCCAUCAGAAAAUCGUGUGGAACAACACCAAAGAACAAGGAAAUUCACAAUGAAGACCUGAAAACCCUAAGAAAUAUUACAAACAGGGUUGGCGGAACAACCAAGAUCAAAUCCUACAGAAUAAGGACGCCUCCAUCUGCUGAAAAGGCAGCACGCUGGGGGGACAGCCCCAUAGACCUUGACCCCAAGUCUGACAGCUCUGAUCAAAACGAUCUCUUGACCUUUGCAAGUGCACCUGUACCCAAUCUACCCGCUCCACACGGCAAACUCAACAUCUUUAGAAAGAUCCAGAGCCCUGCCAUUCAUAAAUCCCCAGGGAAUUCUUUGAAGUUAGCUGCAAUGAAAAGGAUGAGAGAUGCUGGUUGGACGGCUGUUACUGGCUGUGACAAAAAAAAGAAGACGACCAAUGAGAAAAUCUUUGCAUGA